UUUUAUUCUAAUUUAUUUGAAAAAUGUCAAAUUCUGAUACUGUUGAGUGUUUAUUCUCGGAAGCUUAUGCACUUAUCGAACAAGGAUUGUGCUACGAUGAAGUUAAUGAUAAGCAAAACGCCUUGCUAAUGUACCAGAAAGGCUUGGAUUUGUCUCAACAAGCAUUUGAACUGGAAAAAGGGUCAAAUUCUGAGAAGAAAGAGAACUUGUCAAAAACCUCCCAAGGCCUAUCAAGAGUUAAAGAAUUGGUUGAAAAUCGAAUUGAAGAAAUAAAAAAUACAAAAAACGAAGAGAUCUCAAAAGAAAAAAUUUCAGAAAUUAGAGGGAAUUUGAAUACAACAUUUGAACCAAAUGCUCAAUUGUAUUACUGGUUGCCUGAUGGUGUACAAUUGGUUAUUAUUGAGGGUGACAAGACAAACGCUCCAACCCCUCCAUCUUCACUCGCCAUAUUUGUUGAACUCAAACAAGACGAAACUUGUUCAAAAAAUGCUCCUUUACCCCCAGCAUUUAUUCAAGUUGGAACAUGGGUAUAUCCUUUACGUGGACCUCAACUUACUACUGUUAUGAAAAAUGAAUUGGGAAUUUAUGUCCUUCCAAACCCAACAAGAGAACACCCACAAAUGUUUGUUGGAAUCAUUUUACCUCGCGACAUUGCUCCUCAACUUGAAAAAGAAUUUGUUUAUGCCCUAAACCAAUUUUCAACAAUUAAAGAAAGCCAAGUGAUUUCAAAUAUGUCUCAAGAACAAAAACAACGAACCUCUGAAAGAAUUGCAAAAUUUUUGAUUGAUGUGGGGGAUAAGCUAGCUGUUGGGGCUACUAGUGCUGCUACAAAAACUGGAAAGUAUAUGGCUGAUAAAGGAGAAGAAUAUAGAGCUAACUUGGAACCAACAGACCAACCAACAAAUAUUCAUCCAUUAAUUCAAAAUGGGGUUGUAAUUUUACAUAAAGGAAGUAAAGUUGUUGCCAAAGUUACUCGUUUUGUUCUCGAUAAAAUUGGAGAUGUUGGCGUUGCUAUAGGCCAAAAAGUGGCAGAUGGUUUAAGUGGAGAUGGGACUGGAGGAAGGGCUUUUAGGUCAACUGCUACUGUUGUUGGGGGAGGAAUUACAGCAUUCUCAACAAUUUGGAUUUCACUGGAAGAAGCGUCCAAAACUCUAAUUAGAUGUAUUUCUGAUGAAACUGUUCAAACUGUUAAUUUACGUUAUGGCCCAGAAGCUUCUCAAACAACUCAUCACGCUUUACACGCCUUGGGACACACGACACUUGCCAGUUUUCAAAUUUAUGAAUUUGGUCCUCGUUCAAUAGCUGGAAGGAUGGCUAGAAAAGCUGGCUUACAAAUUGUACAGGGCUUUGGAACACAGACUGAAACCAAAGCAAGUGUUACUCAAAUUGUGACAAAAGAAAAGAGUUGA